UCCACAGAGCAGCAUCACGAUGGAAAGGAUCUAUCUGUCUGUCUUAUAUCUCUCAGGCUGGCAUUUCUUAGCAUGCCUUCCCCGUGAGUACCACUAUAUUGCAGAUUUAAAGACUUGGACUGAAGCUCGGGCGUACUGCAGAAAGACAUACACUGACCUGGCCACCAUUGAAAACUCUGAAGAUCUGACCCAAUUUACUGCCACAGCUGCAUCUGAAUCCUGGAUCGGCCUGUACAAUAAUAUCAUCUGGGAGUGGUCAGACGGCUACACGGGGACUGGAGAGGGAUAUAAGAACUGGCAAAACCGCAACGACAAUGAACCAGACUUUGUCGACUAUGAUCAGUUCUGUGUGCUCAUGGGACCUGCUGGAGGGUUUUGGGAUGAUGGCUGCACGCUCACAUAUCCAUUUAUCUGUUAUAGAGGAACACAGCUGAAUCCUGAAUUUGUUGCUGUGACUGACAGAAUGACAUGGUUCGAUGCUCAGAGGCACUGCAGGGAGAACUACAUAGACCUAGCCACUGUGAGGAACAACACUGAGAACCAAGAGGUUAAAAAUGCCAUGCAGGGGGAAGACUGGGCGUGGAUUGGUUUGUACAGGGAUCCUCACAUGUACUGGUCUGAUGGGAGUGGCUACUCAUUCAGCCAGUGGUCCUCAGGUUCAAUCCAAAUUGGCUCGAUAGGCGUCAUGUGUGCGACAGCACUGCAGACAUCAGGAGCAUGGAAAGGACGGCCCUGUGAAGUUAGAUUUCCAUUUGUCUGCUACAGUGUCCCUCCACCUCCACCAGUAAUGAGGCAGAUAAUAAAGCUGAGGAUAGCGCCAGGGGACCCCUCUGUGGAUCUCAAUGACGCUGCCGUGAAAGCAAACCUCCUGAAACAGUUCCAGGACAGCCUGAAGGAGAAAGGAGUGCAAGGCGUCACGCUGAAGUGGAGAGAGCAGUCUGAUGGGAAAGUUUUCCACAAGGAGGAAAAAAGUUCACGGAAGAAGUCAGGAAAGAAAACUGAGCUCUAAAAUUGAUUUCCAACUUCACUUAUGUUUUUCUCUUUCUCAUUGUGAAUGGGGAUAUCUUUGUACACUUGACGUAGCAACGGUGUGAAAUAUUUUAAUGAAAUGUAGUGAUGUUGAGCAGGGGCGGAGCCAGACGUUUUUGGGUUUGCGCUGCGUUCAUGUGAUGAUGGAAGGUUGGAGUUUUCCAGGUCCAUUAAGUGGGAACAAUAUGGAAUUUACAAUGAAGAUGUGUUGUAUUUUAAUGCUAAGAGCGUUUAAACAAGACGUUCAUAACUGUUUUCAGUUUAAUUAUGACAGCAAAGAGCAAAGGAAACAGAUAAGGUGCGCUAUGAUUUCAAAGAUAUGUAUUUUUUAUUCAUAUAAAUGUCUGCCUAUUAAAAGCAGUAGGCAAUGAGGGAGGCUGCAGUCUUUAAAAAUUGAUAUUUAAUAUGUGAAGUUUCUUACCCUCGAACAACUGACUUUUGCACGCCAUGUUUAAGCAUUUAUGACGUCAAGUCGACAGCUGGUGCUGUAAUUAUUGCAGAGUUGUUUUUCUGACAUGAGCGGCCGUUCCCAGCAGAAAGUCAUCAUUUCGAUUAUUCCGACAUCACAUGAACGCAGCAUUAGUCCAAACAUAGGGGUUCCAGGGAGAUUAUUUUUGUCAUUUACAG